GUGACAUGUGAGGGUGGUUUUGUCCUGGUCACAACAAAAAACGAGAAAGGUUCAGAUGGGACGCCGCUAAUAUUUAUCAAAAUUAUCGUGCGCUACAAUUUAUAAACAGUACGACUACUGGAAAGACAAUAAUCGAACUUUUUGUCAGAAGUCGAUGUUUGGAUGUUGGCGUAUGGUCGUAAAGGCGCAGAACCUGCAGAAGAGGCGCAGACUUGUCUGUUCUGACCGAGGAAGGAAGUUUGCCUUGACCAGAGACAUUUAAGUGGACAGCAGCGGCGGGGAGGUGGUCAUGGAGGACUCGGGGUCAGCCCUGGAAAAAAAUGUGGCCGAACUCACUGUAAUGGACGUGUAUGACAUCGCUGCUGUGGUGGGACAGGAGUUCGAGCGGAUCAUUGACCAGUAUGGCUGCGAGGCGCUGUCCCGCCUCAUGCCCAAAGUAGUGCGCGUGCUGGAAAUCCUUGAGGUGAUGGUGAGCCGCAACAGUAUCAGUCCUGAAACCGAAGAGCUACGAUUGGAGCUGGACAAACUCAGAAUGGAGAGGAUAGAGCGGCUGGAGAAAGAGAAGAAGCACAGAAAGGAACUAGAGCUAGUUGAGGAUGUAUGGAGAGGGGAGGCUCAAGACCUGCUUUCCCAAAUUGCUCAGCUGCAGGAAGAGAACAAAACUCUCCUAACAAAUCUUUCCGGCAAAGAUCCAUUGAGUGAGGAGGACUUGCAAAGGCAUGAGGGAAUGACAGAAAGAGAGAGGCAGGUAAUGAAGAAAUUGAAAGAAGUAGUAGACAAGCAGCGAGAUGAGAUCCGCGCUAAAGAUCGUGAGAUUACACUGAAAAAUGAGGACAUUGAAGCACUCCAACAACAACAGUCUCGUCUAAUGAAGAUCAACCAUGAUCUGCGGCACAAAAUCUCUGUGAUGGAGACUCAGGGAAAAGCAAUGAUUGAGCAGAAGGUUGAACUGCAGGCCGGCGCUCAGGCACAGUCACAGGAAGUCAAUGCCCUUAGACAGGAAGUUGCACGUUUAAGGGAGCAUCUACAAAGAGGCCUCCCUGCACAGGACCCCGAGGACCCCAAACCUCUGCCCCCCUCACCAGCAGAGCUAAAUACAGCUUGCACAGCGACAGAAGCGAAGGGCUGCCCAGAAAGAGUUGAAACUUCAGUAGAAGAGGGCCAUGCCCUGUGCUUCAUUUCUGAAACAUUCAGUACAGAAGGACAUAAUUCGGGGGAGGAGGAGGAGGAAGAAGCUGUACUAUUUUGGGAGACGAUGUGCAAUGAAGAUAUGCCUGCUGUGUUCCAAUAUUUUACCAAGGAGGCACUAUGUGAAGAGGAACAUGGUAAUCUGGACCCAAAGGACCCCAAUCGGCCACGUUUUACUUUGCAGGAGUUACGGGAUGUCCUCCAUGAGAGGAAUGAGCUCAAGGCCAAAGUCUUUAUGUUGCAAGAGGAACUUGCCUAUUACAAAAGUGAAGACACUGAAGAGGAGCUUAUUGUUCCUACACCGUCACCUUCUCCUGAACUGGGUAUACACUCUGCCUCCACUGCCCCGCCAGAGUCAGGAAUCAAACGCCUGAUCUUCACAGCCAUUAUGCCGAUGGUGGCGGCUGGUUUGAUCCCUGAUGACCCCACCUUACAACCAAUCAGGCAUCUCAGAUCCCUUGUUUAGUUUCUUCUCACGUGACAAGCAAAGGAACUCCCAGCGGAGUAUGCCAUUUGGUGGCAGCAUCGGCACAUGGCCAGGAAGGGAUGAUGUUUAUACUGAGCAAGCGCAAGAGGCAAUACAACAUUUGUAGUCAUUAGGACAAAGACAACACAGAGUUUUUACACCAAAGCAUGGCAUUACCAUUGCCUAGAGAUUUUAUGUGGUUAGCUCUUUAUAUAGUAAGAUUCACAGACAACCCAUGCAAUCUAAAACUAUUCACAUGAGUUAAAGAUGAGAAACGUAAGGCAAGAUGCAUUGUUUACACUGCAAUCUUCAAAUCUGCCGAUCAAUACAGUUUGGGUGGAGUCGCCUUGUAUUACCUGUGUUACAUGGGUCUCCUCUACCCCACCACAAGCAUUUUAGAUUAUACUCCAGCCUCUGACACUCCCAAGUGAUUUGAGUAAAUUAUUUUUAGUAAAACAUACGGUAUGACCCAUGAAACAUAAAAAAGGUUAGACAUCGAAAGGCAGUUGAUGCACUGCUACAGCAAAUUGCAUGUAUGCAAGUAUGUGCUGUUUACAAUUUGUUUAUAGACAUUAUGGUAAAAAAAAUUAAAAAUGUGUAAAUGUGUUUCAUUCAAAUUAAAGGCAUUAUUCUUUACUUUAGUAAUUAACAACUAAAGCCAGUAUUUAUUUUCUUACAUUUUCAAAUAAAACCAUUAACCAAUACUAUUUAAGCUACAUUAGUUGGUAUAGAAAUUGCUAUUUCAGUUAUAUCACAAGAAAAUGCAUUUUUCAAUUGCUUUUCAUUGAAAGUGGUUUAAUGUUGUGGCUACAUGUUUUAUUAAAAAGCUCUUAUUCUAUACAUUCUUUCUUUAAUAAGUUUCAGAGGACUGAGUUACAGGGGUCAACAUUUAUUCGUGGCCAUUGAGCCAUUUUGGCUAACUAUAAUAAUUAUUUGAAUUGUAUUUUUGUCCAUAUCUGGUAUAUAUAUUUAUUUAAAUAAAUGGGGUUCCACAGUGGCUGAAUGGUUAGCACUCUCGCCUAUAAAGAAUGUCCCAGAGUGAGUUUUCUCUGGGCUUGCCAGUUCCCUGACAGGUCGCCAAUGGCCUUUUUUCCAUUUUAUAUAUUGAGGACACUGUAUGUAACACAAUUCACAUCAUGUCAUCAACACAUGCAGGAAAAGAUUUUUAAAAAAUUUCUUUGCACUAACAGGAAAGUUUUAGUUAUGACUUAAUGAUACACAUUCAUAUAUUUUAAUAGUAUUUUAUAUUUAGAAAAAUAUUUACUAACAUUAUCCUGCUUUAGUAUUAUUGUGUGUGUGGCAUAAAAUAGUUUUACAAUUAUGGUUAAUACUGAAUUAUAGGUUAUCAUGACAGUCUAUUUUUAGAUAAAUAAUUUGUUCUUUAAAUUAGAGAUUAUGAAAUAUAUUACCUUGUUUCUUGUAAGUAAUUGCAAGAAAUGGUCACAAGCUGUACUUCAGUACUUGCAUAAUACACAUUUAUUCAAUGCCAGCAUUAUGAUUUAUAAUACGCUACAACAACAGAUCCAAAAAUGGCUAGGUCAACUUUGCAUCUACAGAUUAUUGCAUUGAUUGUUCAUAAGGAAAUUGUGGAAGUGAUAAAGAUUUUGUACUUGUUGAGUCAUCAUCAGAUCAGUUCAUAAAUAUCAUGGACUCUUGGUACCCACAUUAUUAAAAACAGAAAACAGAAAAAACAUAUUAGUCAAAAGGCUCAAGGUCAGUGUAACACAUCUGUGUAAGAUUGCUACUCAAAAA